AUGAACGUGUCAUUGAGUUAUGAUCCUAAAUCAAAGAAGUUGGAAGUACCUGAUGAAGUCGACUUAAAAGUUCCUGAACUCAAAUUGGAAGUUAACCAGUUGAAUACCUUAACCUCAGAAUUGAUAAAAUGUGGAUCAGACGUCCCACCAGUGCCAUCAAUGGAAGGAUUUAAUAAGGAUUUAUCUAGAAUGAUCAAAAAGCUCUACGAAAGUGGCGUCCAGGCCUUCAAAGCAGGCAAAUUCGAAGAUUCUGUAAAGCAGUUUUCGAUAGGUCUUGAAAUGAUAUCAAGGAGAAAUAAAUUCGAACUGUUUCAAGGUACACUUCAAGAAUUGAGUUUAUUUCUCAUGAGUAGAGCAGAUGCGUAUCUCAAAACUCAAGAAUAUAUCAAGGCAUUUGGUGACGCAGAUAUGCUUAUAGGAAUGAUGAUAUGUACACCAGAGAAUUUCUUGAGAAGAGGUGUAGCAAACUAUUUCCUAGGCAAUUACGAGUUAGCUAGAGCUGAUUAUCAAAGAGGUUUGGCUUUUGACGAUAAUAAUAAGAGAUUGGAAACUGAACUUGUCAUUUGCUUAGAUAAGAUUUUGGAAGAAAAUGGUGACUAUCUUUGA